AUGAUAUCCAAUAGUGCAGAGUGUUUCAAUUCCUUAACUAAAGAGUAUCGAUUGAUGCCUAUAGUAUGCUUGAUCGAACAUGUUAGAGGAAUGCUCCAAUCGUGGUUCUACGAACAGAGGAAUUACUGGGCAUCUCGAACGACAUUGCACUCUAACUACUGUGAAACCCGAUUGGCAAGUGAAACUGAUAAGGGCAGACGAUAUCGGGUAGAGUCCAUUGAUUGUUAUCGGGUACACGUGCGAAAUAAUCGAUUGGAUGGUAUUAUCAAUCUUCACACAAAAGAAUGCACGUGUAAGGAAUUUGAAUCACUUGGUAUCCCAUGUUCCCAUGCAAUUGUUGCUGCCAGAGAAAGAAAUAUACCCAUCCACGGUCUUUGCAGUCGAUUUUAUACAGUUGACUCUUUAAUGACUGCGUAUGCGGAGCCUAUAAAUCCACUUGGCCACAUAUCUGAAUGGAAAAGACCUUCUGGAUACGUAGAAAAGAUUAUCCUUCCUCCGAAGUUUGUGCCACAAGCUGGGCGACGGAGAGUGAGAAGAAUACCAUCAAGAGGAGAAUUUUGCAGACAAAUGAAGUGUGGUCGGUGUGGGAAUUAUGGACAUAACCUCCAAAAUUGUACUGAACCGCUUACAACCGUGCGACGUGCCAAAAAUUCCAGAGACCGAGACACAAACACCCCUCAUCCAGUUUAG